AUGAUCGCGUGGUUUAGAUUGAACGAGACAAAUGAGUUUGCAAGAACACUGACAUUUGCACAGAUCCCUAACUACUUCACUUACAACAAGAAAGAUCGGGAAUUUAGACCAAGGAAACAGGCGGGUUUUAGUAUCGGAAGAAUCAAUUACGUGCCGCGCAAGAUAGAAGAGGGUUAUUAUCUCCGAGUCCUUCUUAAUAUUGUAACGGGUCCCAGAUCGUUUGAAGAGAUCAGAACCUACCGAGGUGUCGUUUAUGAAAAGUUUAAGGAAGCAUGCUAUGCAAGAGGACUGCUAGAUGAUGAUGAGGUGUGGGUUGAUAGUAUCAAAAGUGCAAGCGAAUGGUGUUUCGGUGAUCAUCUUCGAAAUCUUUUUGCGGUUAUGCUUGCCAGUGAUUGCUUUACAACACCGGAGGAUGUUUGGGAAAGAACAUGGCACAUCCUAGCGGAAGACAUGGAGGAGAAGAAGAGGAUUGAAAAUGAAAAUCCAGCUCUUAUUCUGGACGAGAAACAGAAGAGGAAUUUCGUUCUUCAGGAGAUUCAAAUGGUGAUGUUAAGGAAUGGGACAUCGUUGUCUAAUUAUACAUCAAUGCCCCAACCACAGAAAGAUGACUUCGCCUAUUCAAAUCGAUUGUUAACUGACGAGCUAAGCUACGACAAAGACUUGCUGAAGGUUAAACAUGAUGAAUGGAUAAAGAUGAUGACUACCGAGCAGAAGGGUGUUUACGAUGAGAUCACUGGAGCGGUCUUGGAUAAAAAGGGAGGAAUAUUUUUCGUUUAUGGUUUCGGAGGGACGGGCAAAACAUUCAUGUGGAAAACACUAUCAGCUGCUAUACGAUCUAGAGGGGAGAUUGUUCUGAACGUUGCUUCUAGCGGGAUAGCUUCUUUGUUGUUAGAAGGUGGACGUACUGCUCAUUCAAGGUUUGCCAUUCCAAUAAAUCCUGAUGAUUUCACAAUGUGUAAAUUCGCACCAGGCUCCGAUCUUGGGAAUCUUGCUAAGCAAGCAUCGCUUAUUAUUUGGGAUGAAGCGCCUAUGAUGAGCAAGUAUUGUUUCGAGGCUCUGGAUAGGUCUUUACGAGACGUUAUUGGUAAUGUUGACAACAAGCCUUUUGUGGGGAAGGUUGUAGUAUUUGGUGGUGAUUUCAGACAAGUUCUUCCUGUGAUUGUAAAUGCCGGUCGUGCGGAGAUUGUACUUGCUUCAUUGAAUUCUUCUUAUCUAUGGGAACAUUGCAAAGUAUUGAAGUUAACGAAGAAUAUGAGGCUGUUUAAUAGCAGUUUGAAUGCUGAAGAGGCCAAAGAAAUAAGUGAUUUCUCAGAUUGGUUGCUUGAUGUUGGAGAUGGGAAGCUUUCUGAGCCUAACGAUGGUGAGGCGGAAAUAGAUAUUCCGGAAUUACUGAUCACAGCCUCAAACGAUCCAAUGGAAGUUAUAUCCAACGAGGUAUAUUCUGAUCCUGAUAUGUUUGAAGUCGAUAAGGAUCCACGUUAUUUUCAAGAUCGGGCUAUAUUAUGUCCAACUAACGACGACGUCGACUUGAUAAAUCAGUUCAUGCUACGUAAAAUACCCGGUGAAGAACGAACGUAUUUGAGUGCUGAUAGCAUUGAUCCAAUGGAUAUAGCUGCAAGGAACAAUCCAAUUUUCACACCCGAUUUUUUGAACUCUAUCAAGUUUCCGCUGGCAGUUGCUUUUGCUAUGACCAUUAACAAGAGCCAAGGUCAGUCGCUCAAGCAAGUUGGUCUUUACCUUCCACGACCAGUAUUCUCUCAUGGCCAGCUCUACGUCGCACUUUCCAGAGUGACAUCGAAGAAGGGUCUUAAGAUACUAAUCGUCGACAAAGAAGGGAAACCACAGAAGCAAACAACCAAUGUUGUGUUCAAAGAAAUUUUCCAAAAUUUAUGA